CCCACAAGAGCUCCAGAGGAGAGAGCCCCAGCCAGCCACACACCCCUUCCUCCUCCACGGCGCGCGCGCGAUCUCUAGCAGCGCCACCGGAUCCAAUCCACCCAUGGCGGGGUCGUCCGCCGUGUACACGCCCUGCAGGCCGCACCACGCCCACGGCCACCAGCAGCGGAGGUGGCGGAGGAGCGCCCUCGCCCACGGCCUGCUCCCCACCGCCACCACCGGGAGGAGGGGCGUCCUCGCGAGGGCAAGCCUGGCGGCGGCGGCGGCCGCGGGGAGGACGGCGGCGGAGGAGGCGGUGUACGAGGUGGUGCUGCGGCAGGCGGCGCUGCAGGGGAGCGGGACGAGGGAGGCCGCGGCUGGUAAAGGGAGGCGGCGGUGGCGGGAGGAGGAGGUGGACGACGCCGAGCUCGGAUGGGGACUCCUCGGCGACGCCUACGAACGAUGCGGCGAGGUCUGCGCCGAGUACGCCAAGACCUUCUACCUCGGUACACAACUCAUGACUCCUGAAAGGCGCAAGGCUGUUUGGGCGAUCUAUGUAUGGUGCAGAAGAACUGAUGAGCUAGUGGAUGGUCCUAACUCAUCUUAUAUCACACCAAAGGCACUUGAUCGGUGGGAGAAGAGAUUAGAAGAUCUCUUUGAAGGCCGCCCGUAUGAUAUGUACGACGCAGCCCUCUCAGACACAGCGUCAAAGUUUCCAAUUGAUAUCCAGCCAUUCAGAGACAUGAUUGAAGGAAUGAGGCUUGACUUGUGGAAGUCAAGGUACAAGAGCUUUGAUGAGCUUUACCUCUACUGCUACUAUGUCGCUGGUACUGUUGGUCUCAUGACAGUGCCGGUGAUGGGCAUAGCUCCAGACUCAAAGGCCUCUGCAGAGACUGUCUACAAUGCCGCACUAGCUCUUGGCAUUGCCAACCAACUGACGAACAUUCUCAGAGAUGUAGGAGAAGACGCGAGGAGGGGGAGAAUAUACCUUCCACUGGACGAAUUGGCACAAGCGGGACUGACAGAAGAGGACAUAUUCAGAGGGAAAGUGACCGAUAAAUGGAGGAGAUUCAUGAAAGGCCAAAUUCAGCGCGCCAGGUUGUUCUUUGAUGAGGCCGAGGAAGGCGUCAUGCAUCUAGACUCCGCGAGCAGAUGGCCGGUUCUAGCAUCGUUAUGGCUGUACAGGCAGAUCCUGGAUGCCAUCGAAGCAAACGACUACAACAACUUCACCAAGCGUGCUUAUGUAGGCAAGGCGAAGAAGCUACUGUCCUUACCGGUCGCAUAUGCGAGGGCGGCUGUUUCAUCAUGAGCAAAGCAAUUCCUAGAUCAGAUUUUCUUUUUCCUUCUUCCCUUUCUCCAUGCAUUUAUUUUUUACUUCCGUUGUUGUAUAUAUAAGUCAGCUGGCUGUUUGCCAUAGGCCUGCCACAGUAUUUAGUUCAAGGGGCUGAUUCUAGGUCCAACAGCACUGAACCCUUGUUUAUCGACACGGAGGAGAAUCAAAUCAAAUCAAAUCACAAUUCAAGAACCAUCACUUUUUCAGGAGAGAAGAACCAUAGUUAGGACUCAGUCAUAGUUCACCUGCGUUGUACAAGCUUUCUUGUUACAUAUACAUCAAAGUCCUGGCAUAGCCAAGCCAACAUCAGUGAAACCAUAGAUGAGUAGUGCUCCAGCCUUUUUUAUGUCCAGAUGCUGUUAUAUAUACAUAUGACUAAUGAGUUAAUCACGGAGUCGUCAAUAAACCGUCUUAAUCUUGA